GUGACAUAGAGUAGUGGACCAGCUUAACAAUAACCAGUCCAGAGGUGAGUUUCCUUGGCAUGGAGCGACCAAGACAUGGAGAAGCAAGGCUGCCGCGAAGCCCCUCUCUCUCCCCAAGUGCGUGUGCUCCGUCACCAUCCAGUGCAGAGGGAAGAAUGUCCUCGGCAUCUAACGACGCGGAGAACACGGAGCAGAGUAUAACCUUCCGGGGACAGCAUUCACGUACCAUGAGGAAAUCGGUCAAAAGUACUUUUGCCAGCUCUGAUCGCGUUUCGAAGUAUUUGAGCGAUAUACAGAAGCAAGGUUUUACAGUUGAAUCAGUCCCUACCGAAUCAGCAGCAAUGGAAACUGGACAGGUAAACAUCGUUGAAGGCACAAUAGAGAAUAUGGAGGCUGAUGUACUUGUCAACAGUGCUGCCUACAACCUUGAUCUGAACCAUGGGGCUGUUGCGAAAGCCAUGUCGAGAGCUGCCGGCCCAGAUCUACAAUCUCACUGUAGACAGGACUACCCGAACGGAAUACAUGGAGGUGAAGUUGCUGACACGCCCCCGGCAAGGUUGAAAUGCCAACGUGUGUUUCAUUGCUGUAUUUUACCAUGGGACAAACGGGCUUCAGACACACAGAAGACGAUGUUGAAAUCGGUGGUCACAUGUUGUUUGAACAAGAUGGUUGAGAAGGGCUUCACCUCCAUAGUGUUCCCUGUGUUUGGAACGGGAUCACUCGCCUACCCACCUGAAGUCUCCGCCGAACUGAUGCUCAAUACCAUCUACAACCAUCCUAAAAGGCCCACACUAAAUAUCACCAUUGUUGUUCAUCCUCAAGACAAAGAGAUUUUAAAAGUGUUGAAUCAUCAGCAUUCUGCAUAUGAAUUCGAGGUCUCAUUUGCCAAGGUGACAAUAAAACGAGGCUGCGGGUCAAAGGAGAAGGUGGACGCUGUAGUGAACAAUGUGGACUACGACAUGCAAUUGGAUGGCUAUUUGUCCAAGGAACUCGUGGACAUAUGCGGUGGCAGGUUCAAGCAAAAUAGUCAAGCUCAGAAGCAGGUUCUUCAGGAGAAAGGAGCUGUGGCUAUUGAACGUGGUUUCCGUUUAUCAAUGCCAUGGAAGAUGGUGAUCCAUGUAUGUGGGGCAUUCUUCCAGUACAAAUGGCAAAAUGCUGUUGUUGAAUGCAUACGUAUUGCCAGGAAAAAACGGGCCAGAUCCAUCGUUUUCCCCUGCUUAAAAGCAGGACAAGGUAACUCUACGCUGGAUAUAUCCCAAGUUGCAAACUACAUCUAUGAGGGCAUCAAAAUGUAUACUGUGGCCGAUAUUUGGAAGCAAAACAAAAUCACCGACAUCCGAUUAACUGUUCUUGACCAGAAAGUUUUUAGCAAGAUGCGGGACAUCAUUAGUGAGCGACAUCUAAAGGAAUCAAAUGGACUGAGAUGUGAACCGCCUCCCGAAACCACUCUCAUUAUAACCGGUGAUGUGAAAGCAAGAAGGGACAUAAGCCAGCAUCUAGAUGAUCUUCUGAAAGAAACAAAAGAGCGGACGAUGGAAGACAGCCGCUUGUCGAAUUUAGAUGAUGAAGAACUUACAAAACUGAUACAGAAGGGUCGACGCUGUGCGGUAGAGCUAGACAUAGACCAGUCAAAGAACAUGGUAACUAUACUUGGUUUCGAGGAAAACAUCAAUGAAGGCUGGUCAGAGACAGCUGCCAUCCUUGAAGAGGCAGGGUCCAAGAGGAAUCAAGUUCAGCCGAACUCCGUGCGAUGGAUGUACAGCGGCAUGGGCAAACGAUCCAGCUGCGAUGCCAUGAGCAACAAGAUGAUUGAAACUGCCUACCAACAAGGUCAGCAAUAUUGUUUUGUGAACGACGACAAGGACAGAAGGUGGCGUGUAGCUCUUGUUCCAGGAUCCUUUUCUUGGUCUCUGAUACAGGAACCAAAGAACGAGUACAUCCUUACACGAAGCGAAAUCACAAGUAAUCAGCAGCUGCCGUCCUCGUGGACGUUGAUGGGAAUAGAGAGCUUUAUGGAAGUUGAGAUUAUGCGAGGCAGUAAAGAGUUCGCAGAAGUAGAAAAGCAGUUCAAGGAGACCUAUGCCGGAUCUUGUGACAUUGUCAAGAUUGUCCGGAUACAGAACAAAUGGCUGUAUCAGCAGUAUAUCGCGGAGAGGCAGAAGUUUGACAACUUGUACGAACCAGAAAACACAAAUGAGCUCAUGCUGUGGCAUGGCACCAAGAAAGAAAACACCCAGAUGAUCAGCAAGUUUGGAUUCGACCGGAACUACCGAGGUGCAAAUGCAACUAGAUAUGGAUGGGGGACCUACUUCGCCAAGGAGUCGAAGUAUUCCGCCCAUGACCUCUACUCACCCGUCGAUGGCAAUGGUUGCAAGAACAUCUUCCAGGUGUGCGUCCUCGCUGGUUAUAGUACUAAAGGCAAGGAAGACAUGAAGGUCCUUCCCGAGAGGCGUUCACAGAUAAAGUACGACAGUGCCGUGGAUACUAUUGGUAACCCUUCAGUGUAUGUGAUCUUCAGGGACUCGCAGACAUACCCCAAAUAUCUUAUAUCCUUCAAGAAGGAUCAGUGUCUUAUAUCCUUCAAGAACGACUAGUGAAGGCAGUGAACAGCACAGUGGCAAAGUCAUGGACACUGGGGAAACGAGUCCUGGGAACACUCGACGUAUUGAAACACUGCUUCACCUGAUACUGUAAAUCUUGAACAUUUUACAAGCCAGAUCGACAGCGAAAACUGCGAGUGACACCCAUAAAUUACAAGUGCAAAAGUAGCUUUGAUCUUUGGUAGUCUCAUGAACAGGAUGUCGAAAAACUUGCGAGAAACAGAUGAGGCUGGUGUUAGCCACUCCAAUAAUUUACUGGCGCUAACCUUUCCAGAUUGACAGAAUGUUGGACUUCUCCAUCGUGUGUGUGUUUGUGUGGCUGCUUGUACUUGUCCAGACUGAUGCCGAUUUAUCGUGCUUGCUCACUGAGAUACCAUGCCGCAGUUUACAUGAAUAUCCCACUCAGACACA